AGCUGGGACACUGCUUGUAGGUAGUUAAUAGGAAAUCUAUUAUGAGGAAAAGAGUGCUGAGUUCUUGCCUCUGCUCCUUGGUGUUAGGCAAGGACCUCUGCACUCUCUGCUAAUCACUUGUAACUGAGAGCAAAUAUUGCCACAGCCAUGGGCACAGAGACAAACUGAGCUGUGUGUGUGCUGUGAAUGACUGUAGAAGCCAGCAAGAGAAAGGAGGAAGCCUGAUUUCUCUGUCUGCCCUGAAAAAUUUUACAUUCUGCGUCCUCCUGAGAAGCAGAGGGGCAGUGGGACCCCGUGCCAGGCAGCAUGGGAGCCCCCAGAUGCUGAGUAGAAAGGCCCAAGCUAAAGCAUCUCUGCCAGGCAGAGCAGUGUUUUCAGAGAGAUAUGGGAUGGGAGGACCUUUAAAUGGCCAUCUGCUUCGGGGGCUGAGGCACGCAGCUCAAAUGACUUUGCUCAGCAUGCAGGUCAGAUGCCAAUGUGCAAAUAACUUAAAGAGUUACUCAAAGCCAGUGGAGUGAGAGGGAAGUAUUUUCUUAAUCUUUGCUUAAUGUUUCCCUUGGUUUAGUCACCUGGUCUGGUCAUAUGCUGAAGCAGCCAUAAUAAGCACCACAGGUAACAACAUCAACAUCUGACUUUUUCAGUGGAGAAAUCUUCACAGUAAUCUAGCAAAAGGAGCAGGAAGCCCUCCAGGUAAAACUGAGGAAACCAGUAACCAGAAAGCUAGAACUGGCAUGGAAGCUGCCUCCAUGUCCCAAAACAGAGCUGCAGGAGGCUCGCGUUUUCCCUGACUGUGACUGCAGCAGGAAGGCAGAGACAGCCAGCCUGCAUUGCCGUGUCCCACUGACUUAUCCAAGACAGGCAGAAAAUGCAAAUUCAACCUCAGGAGCAAGCAAAAAGCAGCAUUUGCUGGAGAUGAUAAAGUGCAGAAUGGAAGAUGCGACUGGAGAAAGACAAAUUUUCUGUAAAUCUUGAUGUGAAGCAUUUCUCCCCCGAGGAGCUAAAAGUGAAGGUGAUUGGGGACAUGAUAGAAAUUCAUGGGAAACACGAGGAGCGCCAGGAUGAGCAUGGCUUUAUUGCCAGGGAGUUCAGCAGGAAAUACAGGAUCCCAGCUGAAGUGGAUCCCCUGACCAUAACCUCAUCACUCUCUCUGGAUGGAGUCCUGACAGUGACCGCACCAAGGAAACAAAGCGACGUCCCUGAGCGCAAUAUUCCUAUCACCCGUGAAGAGAAGCCUGCCAUUGCAGGAUCCCAGAGGAAGUAGGCUGCUAUAUAACGUCAUGCCAAGGCCAUUCAAGAGCACUUCCCAUCAGAUGCCAGCUGUACUCAAUGGCCACUCUUGUUUAUUUAUGCUGAGUAAAUUUACUAACAAAUAAAACAUGAAUAAGCACUCUGUAUUUUUUCGUUUGGAGCACCUGAGACAAUGGAAGUGUUGGCUCAAGAAAGCCAUGUAAGUUUGCUGUGUAGGGAAACAUACCUGGCAUCAUUCUUGCUUACAGCUUGAGUGGCAGGUGUGCCCAGGAGAGCUUGUCUCAGUGUUCAAAAAUACUUUACUGGUAUAACUUCAUUUACUCUGAUGUUUUGCAAACAUCUAACUGCAUGAGCCUUUCCUUUCAGUGUUUUCUGAGGAUUUCUGGGUGUUUCACAAACAAUAGAAGAGUUUCUCCAGUGGAGAUUAUGCCGGAAUGACAAUUUCAUGACAAUCAAAACCUAUUCAAAGUGUGGGUGUCAGAUAAAAACUGAACAGGGAACAGCUGUAUCUUGUAUUUCUAGAAUGAUUCAUGCCACACAAAAGCAUUCAAGUGCUGCAAUCACUUGGGAGCGGUUGCAGAUGACAACUGCAUAGCUGCAGUAAACAAAGAUACAUCCAGAGAGAAGUAAAAUGUCCUGCUCUCAUGGUGCAAACCACAUCAUGCUGAAACUAUGUUGUCUGUGCCCUUCAAACAAUAAAUAGCAUCUGAAGUCUA